UCCUCGUUUUCAGUGUGGCUGCGCAUAAUCGCAUGUGAUAUUUAGAGAAAUAAUUAAUAAUAGUUUUCAUUUCGUUUCAAAGCUGCUGUAGAGUUUUAUAUUUGAACCUUCGCGAUGGGUCUGUUGACGAUCUUGAAGAAGAUGAAACACAAAGAGCGUGAAAUGCGACUACUGAUGCUUGGUCUUGAUAAUGCAGGAAAGACGACCAUCCUGAAGAAGUUCAACGGCGAGGAUGUCAGCACUAUUUCUCCAACGUUAGGCUUCAACAUAAAGACGCUUGAGCAUAGGGGGUUUAAGUUAAAUAUUUGGGAUGUGGGAGGUCAGAAGUCAUUGCGAUCGUACUGGAGGAAUUAUUUUGAGAGUACAGAUGGACUGGUGUGGGUAGUGGACAGUGCUGAUAGAUUGAGACUGGAGGACUGCAGGAAGGAGCUGAGUGCUUUAUUACUAGAGGAGCGACUAGCCGGAGCCACUCUACUGGUUUUUGCCAACAAACAGGACCUGCCUGGUUCUUUAUCAAAAGAUGCUAUACGAGAGGUUUUAUCCCUUGAUGACAUCAAGACCCAUCACUGGUGUAUAGUGGGCUGCAGUGCAGUGACUGGCGAGAACCUACUGACAGGUGUGGACUGGCUGCUUGAUGACAUAGCAGCUCGGAUCUUUACAACAGAUUAAUGGACUAAACAUUUCAACACAUUUUGCAGAUAGUGGACAAUUCAGGCUCAUUGGAUUUGUUUAAUAGUAGUUGUACUACUAAGGAGUUUUGUGCAUUUUUGAAAGACCACAAGCAAAGCCUCUUGCUUUGAAUGGUAAAGCUUAAGCAGUUUUUUAUGUUUUUGUGUACUUCACUUUUCAAGUUAUAACAGAUUAACCCAUUAAAAACCAACAAGGUUUUUUUGUCAUCAAAAUAUACCUUCUCAGAAACUGUCAAUACACCCAUUUCCCACUUGAUUAGGUCUUGUCUCUGGUAUCUUUUCAUUAAAAU